AUGCCUCAUUGGGAACAUGCAGUCCAGCUUUUCCAGACAAACUCGUUAGACUCCCUCGUUCGAUACUUCGCUUCUUACCUCCCAACCGACCACAUUUGGCAUGCGACAUGUCAAGAUUCAGCCGGAGCAACCGCUCACGCUUUUCCCAUUUCUCCUUUAACGAAGAGACUUCACAAGCGCAGCAAAACGAAUGAGGCGGUUGACCCCGGAAGGCAGACCUUGGUGUUGUCAUCGUCGAUGGUGUUUGGCCGCCUAUCAGCGAAAGACGAACUACCGGCGUCGGACAAAGCCUUAGAAUCUACUUGCCUUGCUGCAUUGUCCUCAUUCUCAGAAACGGCCAUUAAGCAUAUUCGACCUCAUGAACACAGCGCCUACAUCAGCCAAGGGGUAGCUGCGUUGGCUGCUGGUGAAGGCACAUCGACCAUGUCAGAUUUCGACACAUUUACAAGAACUCAAGUUGUAUUGUCUCGUUGGGUUGACCUUGGAAGGAAGUAUUCAGAAGGUCAGAGAGAGCGUUGUGUCGAUUCACAAGUGAGCGCAUUCCCCGAGAUAUUAGCAUCUUUACCUUCAGAUUUAUCACUUUCAGUGUCUUUACGGAUUCCGGUCGCAUCAGAUGGCACUUUAAAAGUUUUUAAUGGCGUUACCACGGGAUUGAAGCGCAAACGUUAA